UGACGCGUAAAGGUAGAUAGACAGACGAUCGAUUGGAGAAAUGGAAAACAUUUAGUGGUAUACAGCCAAACAACAACAACAACAACAACAACAACUAAGCAUGUCACAGCCAUCCACUCCAAAGAGUCCAUCUACCCCAAAGCCUUUAUCUACCCCAAAGACUCCACCAAUGUCACCAAUCGGAGCUAAAGAGGAGAGUCAACUGCAGACGUACUUUGAACUACUUAGUCAAUUUGCCUUUGAUAAAGCGAAGGAUAUGAUGGAUAAAGAGAAGGAGAUACAUAAAGCAUCAUUUGGUUCAUCUUGGGCACUUAUGGUUCACUCCCUAAUACAGUUUUCUGUGGCAGAGAAAAUAUACAUGUCACUGGGUUUCCUGGAGCAGAAGUGGUUCGGAAGGAAAGAUACAUUAAGAAACUCUUACUUUUUACUACUCGGAGAACUGCGCCGCAUAGAGGACUCUGUGAGACAGCAGGAGCAUAUCGUGCUUGGGCUACCAGGACCAAUGGUUGAGUUUGAGCUCCUCCUGUCACACCUUUGUGGCCAGCUGUGUGAAUAUAUCCGAGCCCGACAGAAAACAAUGGACUUCUAUGAGCAGAUAAGCACGAUGGGAACCAAUAAGAAUAUGAAUUACCAAGAUCUUGUUGACGUCAUAGCAGAAAUCAUUCAUGUACACAGUAAAAAUUUUCACCAUCCAAUACUAGCCGGCCUAAAGUCCAGUUUCACGUACGAAUGUGAUGUAAUAAAUCAUCUUUUACAAAGUCAGAUACUCAUGUCACAGGCUGAGUUUCUCCAGACAUUGUUACAGUUACACCAGUCACACAGUAAACUAACAAGUUGGGGGUCGGCAUCCCAGGCAAAAGAGACAACUAAGAAAGGUAUGUUUGGCCAUUCAUCAAAAACUGUAUCAACAUGGCCGGCAUUGUACCAGUGGUUACUACGAUACAAGAGUUUACUGGUUGCCAAGUUUAGCUUGUAUUUCUAUGAUGUAUUGAGUAAACAAACCACACCUGUUGAAAUGAAAGCAUUGUCAGCCAAAAAUCUAGAGGAUUACUUUACCAAGGUUGUAGCAUUCCAGAAGAAGACUGAUGCUCUGAAUGUGUCACUGGUGCUGGAUGCUCAGGACAUCGAGCAAGUGUACAAGGGUCCGGGCUACCACCAUCCGGAUAAACAGUUUGACCGGCCAACCGGGCUUGAUAGUUAUCCUGCUAUAUUCUCAUAUCCUGGGGAUCACCCUGGUAACCAUUGGCCAAACGUUGUGAUGAUGAUCAGUGACAGAGUGAUAGAAACAGAUAAAGUCACAUGUAUAUAUGAUAAGGGUGUUCAAAGUACGUACUUUAUUAUCAAUGCAGAUCCAAAGAUUUACAUAGUUGUGAUAUAUGACAGUAAGAAAUCGGAAAAAGACUCGUAUGUCAACAAUUUCUUGAUAGACCUAAGCUCCAUGCUGAGAUGUGCGAAACAUUUUGCAACCUUAAAACCAGGUUCAAGAGUGGGUUCAAGAAAAUGAUGAUGCCACAAACAUAGAUUUUAACUACCAGCUACAAAUGUCAAACAUUACAAAUUAAAACCGGGUUCAAGAGUCGGUUCAAGAAAAUGAUGAUGCCACAAACAUAGAUUUUAACUACCAGCUACAAAUGUCAAAUAUUACAAAUUAAAACCGGGUUCAAGAGUGGGUUCAAGAAAAUGAUGAUGCCACAUAGAUUUUAACUACCAGCUACAAAUGUCAAAUAUUACAAAUUAAAACCGGGUUCAAGAGUGGGUUCAAGAAAAUGAUGAUGCCACA